UUCUUCAAUGGCCGCCGCCGGCAAUCACUCCGACGUCGAACACGUCUUCCGCUUCUUCCGCGUCCACAAAGACGGCACCAUCCACCGAACCCAUCCCUCCUUCGACAAAAUCCCAGCCGCCGACGACCUCACCACUGGCGUCCGCUCCAAAGACGUCACCAUCUCCACCGACCCACCCGUCUCCGCCCGCAUCUUCCUCCCCAAAUCCGCCGACGACCCUACCCGAAAGCUCCCUCUUCUCUUCUACGUUCACGGCGGCGGCUUCUGCAUGCAGUCCGCCUUCUCCACCACCUACCACAACUACGUCUCCACCAUCUCCUCCUCAGCCGACGUCAUCGCCGUCUCCGUCGAGUACGGCCUCUUCCCGACCCGGCCCAUACCCGCUUGCUACGAGGACUCCUGGGCCGCGGUCCAGUGGGUCGCCACACACGCCAACGGAACCGGGCCCGAUCAGUGGCUAAACGACCACGCCGACUUCAACCGCGUAUUCAUCGGCGGGGACAGCGCGGGAGGGAACAUAACACACACGCUGGUGUCGCGUGUCGGGUCGGUCGGGUUGCCCGGAGUUAAAGUAGUCGGGGCGAUUCUGUCGCAUCCUUACUUCGGCGGGACUGAUGAUGACAAGAUGUGGCUGUAUAUAAACAAGGAGAAUGAAGGGUUGCAGGACAGGAGGCUGAAGCCGGCGGCGGAGGAUCUACGGCGGCUGGGGUGUGAGAAGGUGAUGGUGUUUGUGGCGGAGAAGGAUCACUUGAACGGAGUGGGGAGGAGUUACGUGGAGGAGCUGAAGAAGAGUGGGUGGAAAGGAACUGUGGAGAUGAAGGAGAAUAAAGGGAAGGAUCAUUGCUUUCAUUUGCGUGAAACCAAAGAUGAGCAGGCUCUUGCUUUGUUGCAGACAGUUUGUUCUUUCAUGAAUUCAUAGAUUGAGUU